AUGAUCAAAGAUGAGCAAGAACAACUAAAACGACAAGAACAACUCAAGUUACAACAACAACAACAGCAACAACAACAGCAGCAACAACAGCAACAACAGCAACAGCAGCAGUUCGCGGCGGCGGACUCUAAGCAGAUGCCAGAGCAACAGCAACAGCAACAACAACAACAACAAUAUAUAUUUGGACAAGAUAAUAGACCCAUCGUUAAUAAUGAGUCUGAUUAUAGUAGUGGUAGCGGCGGAGGAUCGUAUUACACAACUCCUGUAAAUACGCCCAACAAACGUCUGGCGUCAAGUCUGCCAACGACUCCAUUGCGUCAACAUCGUUCACCACAACAACAACAACUUAUAGAUAGGUCACCGCCGUUUCCAUUCGGUCAUCACAACAAUAAUAAUAUAUAUACUCAAUCAAUAGCAUCAUGUCCACACUCACCAUCAUCCGCCGCAUCAACAUCUGACGACUCAAACAACAACCUUAUCAACAACUUAAACAACUUAAACAAUGUAGCCACUUGCAAAAGAGUGUACUCGAUCGAUCCCAACCCAACAUACAUCAACAACAACAACAACAACGACAAUAGCGCCAUACCCGUAGCCUUCCCAAGUGGCAUCAGCGGCAUAAACACCAGCAACACUAACCUGAAACGAUACGUCAAUGCAUACGCCAAGCUCAUCCAACUCACCUACAACCAGCCAAGCAGGGAGCACAUGAUCACAAAGAAGAACUUCUCAAUCGGAGGCAAGAAGAGCGAUGACUUGGAGAUCAAUGAUACAUUUCGCAAGAGUUAUGCGGUCAUUUCGUUUCACAGUCCAGGAGUGAUGUCUAUUAGACCCGUCGACUUUGGGUCAACAGCCGUCAACAAUCAUAUCGUAUUCGAGCAGACCCUUCUUACCACUGGCGAUCAGAUCAAGAUCAGGGAGUGCACAUUCGUCUUUCAAUUGCUUAGCCAAUCAUCAGUAAGCGAUAUUAGUACGGAGAAGAUUAUAGAGUAUAGGAAGCCAUCAUCGUCGAGUUCCAAAAGGUCUGGCAGUCGUUCAAAACAUUCGUCAAGACGACACUCACACAACAACAGCAGUGAUACAAGUAGUUGUAGCAGUAGUGGACAUUCAGAUUACUGCAGAGAUGAUGGCAUUGGUAGUAGUGUGCCGACAACUGGCGAAACGACAACGACAACUACAACAACGACAUCAGCAUCCGCAAUCAACUCUAAUUCGACACCGACAUCAACAUCGACUACACCAGCCACUCAAUCACCAAUACCAUCACCAUCAAUAGCAAUGACAACCUCUGCCAAGACAACAACAACACCAUCGUUGGCACAGAUGCUGCAAGAUCCAACUCCACAGCCAACAACGCCAUCAGUACAUACUUCACAACCACCUUCACCUUCACCAUCUCCAUCUCCUUCAAUCAAUCAACAUCGACAACAACAACAACAACAACAACAUGACGAACAAUCAACAACGACAAAGACAACAACACAGACACAGAGUAGCGAAACAAUUGAUCAUGUGAUGGCAUCAUCUGAUGAUGCACCAGAAACCGACAACACUGAAUCACAGACCGAUGGAUCAUCACGCUUGUUGGACGGUCUGAGUUUCUACCUGGUACAACCAUUGGACAAAGAUCUGAGAACGAUCAUCUUGAACAAUGGCGGAUCAAUCAUAGACUCCAUGGAGGAAGACAAUGAUACAUACUACAUUGUCUCAGAUGGUCUGGUAUUCUCCUCCUCAAUCCCCACAUGUUACCAGAGGAAGAGACGCACAGCUUUGAGAUCAUCAUGGGUCACAGAGUCCAUUCACAAAAAGGAACUACUGCCAACCGAUAACUAUAUAUUCAAAGUGGUCAGACUCAAACUCUCAAGCAUUAAGAUAUCAGUAAUACCUUUGAUGGAGAUGGAGACCAGCAAUAACAACAACAGCCAACAAAAACAACAUAGAUCACUAGCGGAGUAUUAUCAUCGCGAGCUUCAUUUCCAUGGUGCCAACACGAUUGAUUUUGGAUCGCGACACAUCGAGAAACCUACCUACUACUUAUCAAUCGAUGGCAACACGUCUGAACAGUAUAUGGACCUACUUCGACAAUAUGGAAUCACCAAUGAGAAUGUUCUGACCCUUCAAUGGUUUAGAGCAUGUCUGGAGCAACAGAAGAAUAUCAAUCCUCUCUCCGACCCAACCUAUUAUUUAUUCAAGAAGGAGGGUGGCAGAAGAGGUGGCUUCAUUAAACCAAAGUGA